AUGGCGAAGAAGAAGGAAAGCAAAUCAGAAAAAGGAGGAGGUGGUUCGAUUCCAGAAGGUGAUUAUGAAAAAGGAAAGAAAAUCUUCAAACAACGUUGUGAACAAUGUCAUGUUGUCAAUUCAUUGCAAACCAAAACUGGUCCAACUUUGAAUGGUGUGAUUGGCAGAAAAUCUGGUGAAGUUGCUGGUUUCGAUUAUUCACAAGCGAAUAAGAGUAAAGGAGUUGUUUGGGAUCGCAAUACAUUGUUCGAAUAUUUGGCUGACCCAAAGAAAUAUAUUCCAGGAACUAAGGUGAGAUCUAGAAAAAAUAUGAGCACAUCAAAGUAUUUUGCAGAUGGUCUUUGCUGGAUUGAAAAAAGCUGACGAACGUGCUGAUUUGAUCAAAUUCAUUGAAGUUGAGGCGGCCAAAAAACCACAAUAG